AUGCUCCAGCUCCGGCUCCUGCGCCACGGCAUCUUCCUCGCACUCACCCGCUUCCACGUCUUAGUCCGACCUCUAAUUCCCAUUCACAUCCCCAUCCCAAUCCCAAUCCCAAUCCCCAUCCCCAUCCCCAUCCCCAUUCGCAUUCGCAUUCCCAUUCCCAUUCCCAUCCCCAUCCCCAUUCUCAUCCCCAUCCCAAUCCUCAUCCCAAUCCUCAUCUUCAUCCCAAUCCUCAUCCCCAUCCCCAUCCCCAUUCUCAUCCCCAUCCCAAUCCUCAUCCCAAUCCUCAUCCUCAUCCCAAUCCUAGUCCCAGUCCCAGUCCUAGUCCCAGUCCCAGUCCCAGUCCCCAUCCCAAUCCCCAUCCCCAUCACCACCCCCAUCCCUAUCACCAUCAACAUCCACAUCCUUAUCCACAUCACUACCCGUGCUCUCACCCUCAGCAACAUCCUGACGUCAGUCCCCCUCCCACACGCUCCCGCGUAUGACACUUAUUCUCAAUGUUUACGCGGGUGCAGCUGUGUAGAAGACCGUCAUGGAAGGUCGCUCAUAUGUAUGGAGGAAAACGCGUUUGGGGCCAUACCAGAGAACCUUCCAGAAGAUAUGACCAAAAUACGAAUAGAAAAAUCUCGUUUCACUGAAAUACCCAGAGGGGCAUUCUCAAACACACCCGCAUUAGAACAUUUGUGGUUGAACUUCAAUGACAUAACAGUGAUAAACUCAAAGGGUCUGGAGGGUUUGGGGAAUUUAACUGAGCUCCGUCUGCAAGGGAACAAACUCCGUUCAGUACCAUGGACAGCGUUCGAGGACACGCCGGGCCUGAAGAUCCUGGACCUGAAGCACAACCAGCUGGACGUCCUGCCGGAGCAUGCUUUAAAGUUUUUGCCCCUUCUUACUUACUUAGACUUAUCUUUCAAUCGGCUUACGGUCAUAUCGAAGGAGGUCUUUCAAAACUGGCCUCUCUAUCAAAAACUACAAAGCACGGAGGAGCGGGAUGCGAGUUCUUUCGGGCCGAACGUCGUCCUCGCGCUCCACGACAACGUGUGGCUCUGCGACUGUCGUUUGAAGGGCUUUGUGGAGUUCAUAAAGUCCCUGAUCCCCCCGAUUAUACUGAUGAACUCCUACUUGACCUGCUCAGGGCCGGACUUUAGGGCGGGCAAGUUCUUCCAUGAGGUAGAGCUGCAGGCGUGCGUGAGGCCCACCGUCACCACCCCGACCUCCAACAUCCGACUGCCGCAGGGUGUAAACGUCACCCUGCGGUGCCUCGCCAAGGCCAGGCCAGGCCCCGCAGUAUGGUGGACAUAUGGUCUGAAGAUAAUCAGAGGAUUUCACGAGUCUCAGGAAAGAGUUAACGAAGACACGUUCAGAUCCUUCCUGGUGAUCCCCUCCCUCCAUGCAUCUGAUCGUGGUGUCUACACCUGCACUGCCGUCAACUUCAUUGGAAACUCCUCUGUCAGCGUCCUCCUGGACAUUAACUCUCCUGAUGGCUCCCAGUCAUCGCUCCUCCCUGGAAACCCAGCUCCACCUGCUACCGGUGAUGAAAACGUCUACAUUGACAUCCGCAUAGCCAGACAGACACUACGUGGUAUCACCAUUGAGUGGUACGCAGCCUUGGACCGCCCGACCGAAACCUGGUUCACCAUCCACUUUGGCCGUACAGGUACUGAUAAGAAAGAAAUGAUCUACAUCGGCCCUGGGAUACACUCGUAUUCCGUCUUUGAUCUGAUGUCUGCUACCAAAUAUGAAAUAUGUGUAACCCUUAAGAACCAGGCGCCACGUUCCGGCCAGUGCGUUGUGUUUGUAACUGGAAGUGACAUUACUGAGAUGGAACAGAGGGAGAAGCUGAUUCAUAUAGUGGUGGUAGUUUUAGCCAUGGUGCUGGCUGUGCCGAUAGGUAUGUAUGCCUGCACCACUGAUGGUAAGUUUGCCUGGCUGGAGGAUCUCAUGCAGUCCUGGAAGAACCGGCGGAGGGAACGCAGCUCACCAGGCAUGGAGCGGGAGAGGCAGGGCACCUUUGACAGCCUGCAGGCCGCCAGCGAUGAGGGCUUGGUUAAUAAAGAUUCCAAUGAAGACAGGAAGGCCGAGGAGUGUGUUGCAAAGAUGUGAAUGAUGGCCGUUAUGUCAAGAGUGUAAUUCAAGGAUUUUCACCACUGUUUGAAAAAUGUCACGUUUGUCUUGUUAUCUGAUGUUUAAUUGUCAAUUAUUACCAACUGCUGCUUUAUAUGAAGUCUUUGUGAUUGAGUUAAA